AUGGAUCCUGGCUCAACACCUUCAAAAGCAACUGGGUCUUGGGCAUUCGGCUGGCAUGAUGAUGAUACACAUAACGCUGCGAACCUCGUAGCUAAAGUGUCUAAUAACAAUGCGGACAAGGUUGUGAUAAACGCAGAGCUUAUUAAUAUCGCCACGAUCAAUAAUAAGCAGGGCUCCACUGUCGAGAUCGAGCUGAAGGACAAUUCCUGGUCUCCGUUCAUCCUUGUUGGUGACGAAAAUCACCUAGCUGGGAACAAUCUCUCGUCCGACUGGAUGAACGACAACCUUCCCUAUAUCGGAUGCUUGAACCUUCAACAGCUCACCAUUCCCGGCUCCCACGACGCUGGAAUGUCGGAGAUCAACUACCCAGCAGGAGGCAACUCCGAUAAUGCUCAAACUCAAUCCAUGGGCAUCUACAACCAGCUUGUAGCAGGUGUUCGGUAUUUCGAUAUUCGUCCCACGAUCUCACACAAACAAUUCUACACCGGCCAUUAUUCGAAAGCCGCUGGCACAAACUUAGGUGCCAACGGACAAUCGAUCGCCGACGUCAUCUCAGAUAUCAACCGAUACCUCUCGUACAAGCAGAACGAAUUAAUCAUUCUUGAACUCACUCACAGCUCUUUUACAGAUGACGAUUACCAGCCCUUCAGCGAUGCACAAUGGAACAAUCUCCUUUUGCAGUUCUAUCAAGACCUCGACCAUCUGUACACCGGCCACGGUGAAGACGUCCUCACCACAAUCCCCCUUUCAGAAUUCAUCAAGGACGGCCCUGCGGUGGUGGUCCUCACGAAUGAGCGAAGCAUGGAUUUCCUGCGCGACCACCAUUUCCUCAACCGUGGCUUCUUCUCCAGCCAGGGCGGCUCGAACCAGUUCCCUAGCUACAACUCGUAUUCCAACACCAACUCACUCAACAAAAUGCGCAAGGACCAGUACGACAAGCUCGUCGAGCAGAACGGAAACCCGGACAGCAACGACCAGGUCCAUGUGCUGUCCUGGACACUGACCCAGGACGUAGCGACGGAUAUCCUCGGCGGUGGAGCGGGCAUCAGAGAUCUCGCGAGGGUCGCGAAUGGUCAUCUUGCCCAGGUGGGGAGUAAUGUUCCCUACACGGGACCGGUUUCGUGGGCGGCGAAGACGAAGCCGCCGAACAUCAUUCUCAUCGAUGAUGUAUCCAUGGAUAGGUUUCUUGUUUCUCUGGCUCUCGGCUUGACGAGGUUUUAUAACAAGGCGUGCUCGUGA